AACAAAGCUUGCCUUAGUUGCAAAGUAAGAAACCGAAUGAGAGGAACUUCUUCUUCGAUUCCGAUUGCAUCGUUUUCCCUAUUCUUGUUCUUCUUUCUCUUCGCCCUCUUCUCUGUUCAAGGAUCGUUGGGAGACUGUUCUGAAUACCAACACGCGUCAAUGGCCACGCUCGGAGGUCUGCGCGAUUCCCAAGCUUCUCAGAACAGCGCCGAAACCGAAGCUCUCGCUCGAUUCGCUGUCGACGAGCACAACAAGAAACAGAAUGGCCUUCUGGAGUUCGCAAGGGUGGUGAAGGCACAGGAACAGGUAGUUGCUGGUACGAUGUAUCAUCUUACUCUUGAGGCUAUUGAUGCGGGUGAGAAGAAGAUCUAUGAAGCCAAGAUUUGGGUGAAACCCUGGAUGAACUUCAAAGAACUCCAUGACUUCAAGCUUGCCGGUCAUGCACCAUCGGUCACCUCUGCAGAUCUUGGUGUCAAAACAGAUGGCCACAAGCCAGGAUGGCAAUCUGUGCCAACACAUGAUCCUCAAGUUCAGGAUGCAGCGAGUCAUGCUAUCAAGUCAAUGCAGCAGAGGUCUAAUUCACUACUACCAUAUGAACUUCAUGAGGUUGUUGAUGCAAAGGCUGAGGUGAUAGAUGAUUCUGCCAAGUUUGAUAUGCUCCUCAAGGUCAAGAGGGGUGACAAGGAAGAGAAGUUCAAGGUAGAAGUACACAAGAAUAACGAAGGCAAGUUCCAUCUAAAUCAGAUGCAACCAGACCAUUCCUAAUCGUCGUCUGAAGCUUGGAUACAUUAGCAAUAUAGGCCUGGAUGGCCCUUAAAUUUGCACUUUUUCUUGAUAUAUGUGAUGUAUGACUCGCACACAAUUUACUUCUCGGAUAUUGCUCUUAUUGUCUAUGUCUAAACAAGUAUAUAAGUGCUUACGGCUUACCCCAGCCUUGGGAACUAAUUCUUGUUUUGC